ACCAAAUUCUUCUCCAAAAAAAAAAAAAUGCACUGGACCAGAGGCCACACUAUAGGCCACGGCUCUACGGCUGCUGUCUCGGUCGCCAUUUCACACUGCUCCGGCGAGAUUUUUGCUGUCAAGUCCACGGAAUUGUCUCGGUCUGAAUUCUUGCAAAAGGAGCAAAAAAUUCUAUCAACAUUGAACUCCCUUUACGUAGUUGGCUACAAGGGGUACGAUGUAACUAGAGAGAACGACAAGGUAAAGUUCAAUCUUAUGAUGGAGUACAUGCCCCAUGGGAUACUCAUUGAUGAAAUUAGGAAACAGGGAGGACGGUUGAAUGAGAAGUUGAUCGGAUACUACACGAAACAAAUUGUUGAAGGACUAGAUUACCUACACUCAAAAGGCAUAGUACAUUGCGACAUUAAGGGUCACAACAUUUUGAUAGGUAAAACCGGUGUCAAAAUUGGGGAUUUCGGAUGUUCUAAACUGGUUGAUGUCAUGACAAUUGGUGGCACACCUAUGUACAUGGCACCAGAAGUGGCUCGUGGGGAAGAACAAGGGUUUGCUGCUGAUAUAUGGGCGUUAGGAUGCACGAUUAUAGAAAUGGCCACGGGUGGCUCACCGUGGACUAAAGUUAACAACCCUGCUUCAUUGCUUUACCAUAUAGCAUUUUCUGACCAAACACCAGAAAUUCCAAAGUUUUUGUCAUCACAAGCAAGGGAUUUUUUAAACAUAUGCUUGAGAAGAGAUCCAAAACAGAGAUGUUCUGCUAAACAACUCCUCAAUCAUCCAUUUCUUGAUUUGAACACGAGUUCUCCAACAAGCAUUCUUGAUCAAUGCAUUUGGAAUUCAAACGAAGAAUCAGAAAACAUUGAUGAUCCAACACAAGAAAUUAGUCGUCUAACGGAUUUUCCUUUACAAAGGGUAAGAAAAUUGGAACUACAAUCAAGAAAACCAGAUUGGGAAUUCGAUGAGCGUUGGAUCACAGUACGAAAGAGGAGUGAAGAUUUGCUAACCUGUAAAAAUGGCAUGACAACAGCUUUUUCAACCUGUAAUUGCCAAGAUAACAUAUUUUUAUUGCAGUAGUUGUAGAGUAAUUAACAAUCUCAAUUCUGUCACACAUAAAAGAGGUUCACCAAAUAAAAUAACGUGUUCAUAAAUCUAAAUCUCUCUUUUAACUUC